AUGCGGCAAGUACAAAGUAAAGACAAUGUCAAGAGGGAUCGUUGUGAUAUGAAACAACUUACCAAGAAAGUGAAAUCUCCUCCAAUAUCUGCGUAUGCCCUUCGUAAGGAACAUAAGAGGCUUCUUAUGGAGCAAGCAGAGAAUAUGCAAUAUGAAUUGGACAAGCUUAAGUUUCGACAUUUGGUCAAACAAGGACAAAUUGGCAAAGAUACCAAGCGCACGGCGGUAGAAAACUCGGUGCUGCACGAGUAUAUACAAAAACAACAUCUGACGCUUGCUGCAACACAAGCAGCAAUUACUGGACAUGUGCACCAAAGUCUUGGAGCUCAACAGCCUGUACAAAGUGUUAUUUACUUGGGAAAAGAUCAACUGGAUCGUUAUCGCACACUUCUGACCCUGAAGGAACGUAAACUGUAUGAAGCAGAGCGGUAUUUGAACAUGCGAAGUCAUGGUCUCGAGAAUAUGGCAAAUUACUGUCAGAACGAGUCAUAUGAUACAGUUGAUGGCGAUAAUUGCGCUAUUCGAUUUGAAAUUAAACGAUUAGCAGGGACCACUGUCAAAGUUGUUCAUAGUGCUAUUCUCAAUACUAUCGUGAAUGCUGAAAUGUUUCUCUCGGAAUUGUUUGGGAGCAUCACGAUCCGUGAAGACAACAAUGACUCAUUGAAAGAUGAGAUGACGCAGCUUCGAUUACUCUCGCUGACGUCAACUGGAGCGACUGUAGAGUCGAACACCGUUGUAUUUUCAAAGCUAGUAGAUGGAGUGGACGGGGAGUAUGGAAUUGUUGCCUUAGACUUUGUGGAUCGUGAUGAGUUGCAUCCAUAUCGCAGCAAGGAGCGUGUGCGCCGAGACACCACUACAGUUAUUAUGGUGCGUGCACUUCCGCUGACAAAUGGAUUGCCAGGGGUGGUUGUGAUGCGUCGAUCAUUUCUCAAGGUCCACAGGAGUUCGACCAAUGGCUUUCGAAAGCCAGAGACGGAAAUGAUGGAGAGUUCAGUGUGCUGGGGGGACACAGCCUCAAAGUGCGUAGAGCACCAGCUCAAGAAAGAUGCAUCUGAAAACCUUGAAGUUCGUGGGCGCUUCACGCUGAGUCAUCAGAAAGUCCACUACCCACGCAAAUCCCGACCAUAUCCAUAA